AUGGAUUAAGACGGAUUUAAUUUCUAAACCCUAGAAUCUAUAUUAAAUAGAAUUGGGGCUUCAAAUUAUUAGUAACUAGCUCUGUUUGAUAAAAAGCUUUUUCUGGACACACAAACAUCAGAUAUCUUAUAUCAAGAGAAAGAUUAUUUAUAUCAUCUAAUCACAAAGAAGAAGAAUCUUGAAAUCAAUCAACUGUAGAAACCUGCAUAACCUAUUCCGUUAGAAUUCACCAAGUUUAAAUAAUUAAAUGACUACUUAAUGCCAGCAGCUUGGACUUUAGAAAUAAUUGGACCCUCACUAAGUUUUAAGUCCCAAAUAUUAAGAGACAUGGCUGAGACUAUGUCUUAAAAAAAUAUCCCAAUUCUCUAUAUUAGCAUUCAUGAAGAAUAUUCAAACUAAAAAUUUAAAGUAAUCAAAAUGAGAUAACCUAAAGAAUUAUUUAUAUUACUCUCCAUUCUAAUAGAGAGUCAAGAAUAACAUUAUAAUUUAAUAAUAAUUGAUGGACUGAGUUCUCUACUAUAUCAAACAGCACAGAUGAAUGUAAUUGAAAAUUAAUUGCAAGAACUUCAAUAGCUCUUGGCCUUACUCAAAGAAAAGAAGGGAGUCUAAAUAGUUAUCUCAUCAAUUGCAAAAAUGAGAGAAAAUUACACUAGUUAUAAUUCAACUUAGGAUUGUAAUAUAAUAAUUUAAGUAGGUAGAAUUUAUAAGUCAAGAUAAAAUCUUUUAAAAAACUAUAUUAAAUAAUCCUUGAGAAUGGUAGAAACCAAAUAUGAUUACAAUGAAAAUGUGAAUAAAAACACUUUAAAAUUUUAGUAUUUUUGCUUUUAUGAUGGAAUCAUUAAGCCUGAGAUUGGUAUCCUAUUUUGA